AUGGAUUCUCAGUACGGGGUAGCGUCUAGUGUUGCCCUUUCAGCAUACAUUGGCAUAGCAAUAGCCUGUGUCACAGUACUAGGCAUCGUGAUAAGCCUGAGUGUCUACGUCAAUCGGCGUCGAAAGAAGAUAGAGAGAGAAAGGUACCAAAAUGGCUACUUUGAAACUCAGUACAAGCCUAUGGAAUACGUUAUUCGGGAUAGCAGCGAAGUACCAGCUUAUAGUCCUCCAACGUUGGCUUACACAAUGCAAGAGUACCCCAGCAUGCCUCCGCCUGCUUAUGACGAUGCUGCUCGUUAUGAUACCAGAAAUCAGCAGGUGGUCUAG